GAGAGGAACGAAGGAGAAGCAGUUAGAGGAGAUCCACUCACAGGAUUCUGCAUUGUUGAUUUGUGUGUGGAAGUAUCGUGGGUUUUGCCUGCCUCCAUUGUUGCUCGUCUGCUGAAAUAAGUUAACAUCAUCGCCUCCCGCCUCCCGUAUGCCUCUCGACCAGGACGAUUUGAUUGCCAUUGCCUUAGCGGUGGCACUAAGAAGGAAAAAAAGAAGAUUAAAGUGGACGAAGGACUGGCUGCUAAAAAGACAUCAAAUGUCACACACCAACUUGCUGGCCGAGUUGAAAUUAUAGCCAGAUGAUUGGCGUAAUUAUUUGCGGAUGGACGAAGGAACAUACAUUGAUCUCCUGAAUCGUGUCACCCCUUUCAUUACGUAUGAGGACACGUGUAUGAGAAAGGCCAUAACUCCACAUGAAAGACUGAGUGUCACUUUACGUUAUUUAGCAACAGGCAGGUCACUAAAUGAUAUGAAAUAUUCAGCUAUCAUUUCCACCAGCGCUUUAUCAUCAAUCAUACCAGAAACGUGUGAUGCUCUGUACCAGGUUCUGCAAAAUGACUACCUAAAGUUUCCUACGUCAGUGGGUGAGUGGCAGCUUAUUGCACAAGAGUUCGAGUCCAGAUGGCACUUCCCAAACUGUCUCGGGGCGGUAGAUGGCAAACAUGUACGGAUCACGCCACCACCAGAUUGUGGUUCAUAUUUCUGGAACUAUAAAGGGUACAACAGCCUUGUGUUAUUGGCAGCGGUUAAUGCGAACUAUGAAUUCACCAUGGCUGACAUUGGGACAAACGGCCGUGUAUCAGAUGGAGGGGUUAUUGAAAACACACAAUUUGGAAAACGGCUUUCAAAUGGGACACUUAAUCUUCCAGCAGACGCUCCCCCUGCAAAUUCUGAUACUAACUUGCCUUACGUCUUUGUAGGUGAUGAGGCAUUUGCACUGAGAACUGACUUUUUGAAACCAUAUCCUCAGAAAGAUUUGGAUGCAGAGAAGAGGGUUUUUAACUAUAGACUGUCUAGAGCACGGAGAGUUGUAGAGAACGUGUUCGGUAUAAUGGCUUCUCGAUUUAGAGUUUUUCAUACAGCAAUAAAUCUGAAAUUAUCAAGUAUUGAAAAGGUUGUUAUGGCAUGUGUUGUCCUUCACUUAAGAAAGACUUGUCCUUCAAAAUAUUCUCCAGAAGAUUGCUACCAUAGGGAGAAUAUUAUAGAGAAAAUAAUUCGACCAGGGUUAUCAUUGGAUCCUAAUUCUGUUGCAGGCUUAGAAAAUGAUCAAGGAACACGAAACUAUUCACAAAUUGCUAAAGAAGUAAGGGUAAAAUUUAAGGAAUAUUUUGCAAAUGAAGGUGCAGUACCCUGGCAAAACGACUUCGUGUAAGUAAAAUAAUAAAGCGUACUGUUUUGUGUAAAGAAAUUAUACAACUGUGAAAAUAAACGUAUUGUAGUACUUUGUCAUGAUAAAGUAUUUGUAAAACAAUUACACUGAACUACUGUCUGUAAAUAAAGUAAAAUAAAUAUACGACUUCGA